CGCGCGCGGGGAGCGCCCCGGCAGCGCUCCCGACACCCAUCCUCGGCGUCCCCCGCAUCCCCCCGCCCGGCCCCGCCGCGAUGUUCUCCAGGAAGGGCCACGCCGACGUCAGGAAAUCCACGCAGAAGGCGCUGGACCCGAAGCGGGACGUGCUGACCCGGCUGAAGCACCUCCGCGCGCUGCUGGAUAUUGUGGAUGGAAGUGACCUGAAGCAAUUUUUUGACAAUAAUUAUUCUCAAAUUUAUUUUAUAUUCUAUGAAAACUUCAUAACACUGGAAAAUAGCUUGAAACAAAAAGGGAAUAAAUCACAAAGGGAGGAGCUGGACUCCAUCCUCUUUCUUUUUGAAAAAAUAUUGCAGCUACUGCCUGAGAGGAUUUUUUAUCGAUGGCAUUUUCGCAGUAUAGGGUCGAUUCUGAAGAAACUUUUGCACACUGGAAAUUCUCUCAAGAUCAGAUGUGAAGGAAUCCGGCUGUUCCUGCUCUGGCUCCAAGCCCUCCAGACAAACUGCGGGGAGGAGCAGAUCCUGCUGUUCGCCUGCCUCGUGCCCGGCUUCCCCCCGCUGGCGUCCUCGCGGGGGCCCUGCACCCUGGAGAGCCUCAUCAGCCCCCCGGCCCCGCCCGACGCUAAGGUUUUUCCAGAGGAAAUAACCCCGCUUUUGCCAGCUGUCUCUGGAGAGAAAAUUGCUGAAGACCAAACCUGCUAUUUUCUUCAGCUCCUGUUAAAAUAUAUGGUAAUUCAGGCUGCAAGCUUGGAGUGGAAAAACAAGGAGAACCAAGACACUGGGUUUAAGUUUCUCUUUACCUUGUUUAGAAAAUACUAUCUUCCUCACUUGUUUCCAUCUUUUACAAAGCUAACCAACCUCUACAAACCUGUGCUUGAUAUUCCUGAUAUCAGGCCGAGGCCAGUGUAUGUCACUGCAACACGCAACAAUGAAAGUGUCUAUAGCACGAAAAUCCCGUACAUGGCAGCUCGAGUUGUUUUUAUUAAGUGGCUUGUUACCUUCUUCCUUGAAAAGAAAUAUUUAACUGCUGUUCAGAACACGAAAAAUGGAGGAGAAGUGCUCCCUAAAAUUAUUCAGACGGUGGGGGUGAGCCAGGACAAGGCGGUGGAGCCCGAGGGCGGCGCGGCGCAGGAGCAGGACGGGAGCCACUCCAACAGCAGCACCUUGUCCGACAGGAGGCUCAGCAACUCCAGCCUGUGCAGCAUCGACGAGCAGCACCGCGGCGUCUACGAGAUGGUGCAGAGGAUCCUCCUGUCCACCCGCGGCUACGUCAACUUCGUCAACGAGGUGUUCCGACAGGCUUUUUUGUUGCCGCCUUGUGAUGUCUCCGCAACACGGAAGGUGGUGAAGGUGUAUCAGAAGUGGAUACUGCAGGAGAAGCCAGUGUUCAUGGAGGAGCCAGACAAGAAGGAGGACAGCCAGGAUGCUGUUGUCCAGCUGGAAGACUCCUCAGUGCAAACAGACGGUAAACAUCUUUCCUCAGAGCACUCCGGGCACAAGCGCUCCUCCAGCUGGGGCAGGACGUACUCUUUCACCAGCGCUGUCAGCAGGGGAUGUGUGCUGGAAGAUGAGGACAGAGAUGUUAAAGCUGGAGCCCAGGCUGCCUUACAGGUGUUCCUGACAAACUCGGCGAAUGUUUUCCUGCUGGAGCCGUGCACUGAGGUCCCGGUGCUGCUGAAGGAGCAAGUGGAUGCUUGCAAAGCUGUUCUCGGUAUCUUCCGGCGCAUGAUAAUGGAGCUGUCAAUGAAUAAGAAGACAUGGGAACAGAUGCUCCAGAUACUCCUCAGAAUAACAGAAGCUGUGAUGCAGAAGCCAAAAGAAAACCAGACAAAGGACACAUUUGCCCAGAGCAUGGCUGGGUUGCUGUUCCGAACCCUGAUUGUGGCUUGGAUCCGAGCGAACCUGAGCGUUUACAUCUCUCGGGAGCUGUGGGAUGAGCUGCUCAGCGUUCUGUCCUCCCUGACGGACUGGGAGGAGCUCAUCAACGAGUGGGCCAACAUCAUGGACUCGCUGACAGCAGUGCUGGCCAGGACCGUGUACGGCGUGGAAAUGACCAACUUGCCCUUGGACAAGCUCAGUGAGCAGAAGGAAAAAAAGCAGAGGGGAAAAGGUGGCAUUUUAGAGCCUCAGAAGACAGCAGUGGUGGGAAGAUCUUUUUCAUUAAGCUGGAAGAGUCAUCCUGAAGUUGUGGAGCCGAUGAGAUUCAGAAGCGCUACAACCUCUGGGGCCCCGGGAGUUGAGAAAGCCCGAAAUAUUGUUCGUCAGAGAGCGACAGCUAAGCGAAGCCAGUCUAUCAGCAACUGUGUCCAUCUUUAUGAGGCUUUGCCAGCUACUAAAAGUGUACCUCUUCUGCUUCACACUGUGAGCUCUCUCUUCCCUGGUAUCUCUUACACUUCUUGCUCUCACAGACUGUCAGAAGUUGAAGAAUCUCAACAGCUGGAAAAUUCAGAAGCAACAGAAGCUGUGGGCCCAUUUGCAGACCAGGAGCAGCAGCUGACUCGCAGUAGCAGCACCUCAGAUAUUGCAGAUCAGAUUCCAUCUGAUUUUUUUCAAGGUAAAAAGGCUGGGAGUUCUCGUAAUUCAACUUCAGACUCCAAAUCAGUUCAGGAAAAUAAGGGACAUGCAAAGAAGGAGGAUGAAGCUGAGCAAGUGCUACUGCGAAGGAGCAGCAGUACAGCUGAGUUAGAUCUGAAAGCAGACUUUCAACCUUCCCAUGGGAUUUACAGGGAGAGAGAAAAAAGUGAGAGCGUGAGCAGCGACGCGUCCCUGGGCGGUGCCGACGUGGACAUCGCGCUGCUGCCCUGGCAGGUGGCCGAGGAUGAUCCCGAUCCUGGAGCAGCCACAGAGGUGUGUGUGGAUCCCACUGCCCCGCGCUGGCUGCAGCUCAGCCCCUCAGAGCCCGCCAACCUCACAGACAGUAGUGAAUUCCUUGCUGAUGACUGCAGCAUAAUUGCUGGUGGAAGCCUUAUUGGUUGGCAUCCUGAUUCUGCUGCUGUGUUAUGGAGGAGGAUCUUGGGAAUUCUUGGAGAUGUGAACAAGAUACAGUCACCUAAAAUCCACGCAAAAGUUUUUGGGUACCUUUAUGAGCUCUGGUAUAAACUUGCAAAGAUAAGGGACAACCUUGCUAUCAGUGUGGACAAUCAGUCCACUCCCUCUCCUCCCAUCCUGAUCCCUCCUCUCAGGAUAUUUGCAUCGUGGCUGUUCAAGGCAGCCACGCUGCCCAGCGAGUACAAGGAGGGCAAGCUGCAGGCGUUCCGGCUGCUCUGUGCCAUGAUGACCCGGCGCCAGGACGUGCUGCCCAACUCCGACUUCCUCGUCCACUUCUACUUCGUGAUGCGCCUCGGCUUGACAAGUGAGGACCAGGAUAUCCUGAACACUGUCAUAAAGCACUGCCCACCCUGGUUUUUCUUCCUGGGCUUGCCUGGGUUCACGAUGCUGAUCGGGGACUUUGUGGGGGCAGCAGCGAGGGUGCUGCGUGCGGACACGCUGGAGGCUCCCCGUUCUGAAGCUCACACCAUCCUUGGUGCUCUCGUGUGCUUUCCCAAUACCUACCGGGAAAUCCCACGCUUGGGGCCCAUUUCAGAAGCCAGUGAGAUCAGCACAGGAACUGCAGAUGUGAAGUAUUGCCUCAUAAAUAUUUUAUUGAAGAAUGCUACAGAGGAGCCAAGUGAAGCUGCAAGGUGCAUAGCCAUCUGUGGCCUGGGAGUCUGGAUAUGUGAGGAGCUCACGCAGUGCACGAACCAUCCCCACGUGAAGAAGGCCAUCAAUGUCAUAGGUGUGACACUGAAGUUUUCCAAUAAGCCAGUUGCUCAGGUAGCCUGUGAUGUUCUUCAGCUGCUGGUGUCUUACUGGCAAAAGCUUCAAGAGUACGAAUCCUCCCUGUGCCGGAAAAUCACUGAGAUCCUCGUGGCCACCAUUGCGUUCCUGUUGCCGAGUGCCGAGUACUCCUCCGUGGAAGCGGAUAAGAAGUUCAUAGUUUCGCUGCUGCUCUGCCUGCUGGACUGGUGCAUGGCACUGCCCAUGAAAAUGCUGCUGGAGCCCGCGUCUGCUGGGGCCGUGGAAGAUCAGCAUGCAUCCAGAGCCCCCUUACUGGACUACAUUUACAGAGUCCUGCACUGCUGUGUGAACGGCUCCAGCACGUACACGCAGCAAAGCCACUACGUGCUGAGCCUGGCCGACCUCUCCUCCUGUGACUACGACCCGUUUCUGCCACUGGGCAACGUCAGGAGCUCGGAGCCAGCCCAGUGCCAGUCCUCCACGGAUUUGGGCAACCUGCUCACCGUUGCUGAGGAGAAAAGGAGGAGGAAUUUAGAAUUGAUACCUCUGACAGCGCGGAUGGUGAUGACUCACCUGGUGAAUCACCUGAGCCACUACCCGCUCAGUGGAGGCCCUGCCAUUCUGCACAGCCUCCUCAGCGAGAACCACGACAACUCCUACGUGGAGUCCUCUGAGCUGUCCUCGGAAGUCUUCCGGAGUCCCAACCUGCAGCUCUUUGUGUUCAAUGACAGCACUCUCAUAUCUUACCUCCAAAUCCCUGCAGAGAAAAGGGCGGGUGCUGAGCCGGCAGCAGCCCCCUCGGACGUCAGGGUGAUCGUCAGGGAUAUCUCAGGGAAGUACUCUUGGGACGGCCGGAUACUGUACGGCCCUUUGGAGGGCUGCCUUCCACAGCAGAGCGCCACCAACACCUUCGUCAUCUCCAGCAACCCCGAGCACCUCUUCGCUUCCCAGAACGACCUUUCCCAGGCGGAGGAAGGAGAGGACGCUCUGGACCAGUUGCUGGAGAAGAUUGGUGCCACCAGCCCCGAGUGCCUUCUGCACCCCCAGCGCAGGCUGAACGAGCCGGCACCGCCGCCCUGCGGGAUGAGCUGCGAGCAGGAGCGGGCCAUCAUGGAGGCCCUGAUGAGGCAGAGCGCCCAGGAAAGGGAGUUCAUCCUGAAAUGCAGCUCAGACUGCAGCAUGAAAGUGGCCCGCCAGGAACCACCACGUCCUGCUGAGCCUCAAGCCUCCUUUUAUUUCUGUCGACUGUUGCUGAACGACUUGGGAAUGAACUCCUGGGACAGAAGAAAAAGCUUUCACUUGCUUAAGAAAAAUUCAAAAUUGCUGCGAGAACUGAAAAAUCUGGAUUCCCGCCAAUGCCGGGAAACUCACAAGAUCGCCGUGUUCUACAUCGCCGAGGGACAGGAGGACAAGUGCUCCAUCCUGGCCAACGCCAGGGGAAGCCAGGCAUAUGAGGAUUUUGUAGCAGGACUGGGCUGGGAGGUGGAUCUUUCCACGCACGGGGGUUUUAUGGGCGGUCUGCAGCGCAACGGCAGCACAGGACAGACCGCUCCCUACUACGCUACCUCCACCGUGGAGAUCAUUUUCCACGUGUCCACCAGGAUGCCGUCAGAUUCGGACGAUUCACUGACCAAAAAGCUUCGUCACUUGGGAAAUGACGAGGUUCACAUCGUCUGGUCUGAGCACACCCGCAACUACCGCCGGGGCAUCAUCCCCACGGACUUUGGGGAUGUUCUCAUCGUCAUUUACCCCAUGAAGAAUCACAUGUUUUUCAUAGAGAUCAUGAAGAAACCAGAGGUGCCGUUUUUCGGUCCUCUCUUCGAUGGAGCGAUCGUGACCGCGAAGCUGCUGCCAAGCCUGAUCUGUGCCACGUGCAUCAACGCCAGCAGAGCCGUCAAGUCCCUCAUCCCACUCUACCAGAGCUUCUACGAGGAGAGAGCUCUGUACCUCGAAGCCAUCAUCCAGAACCACAAAGAGGUGAUGACGUUUGAGGAUUUUGCCGCUCAGGUCUUUUCUCCCUCUCCCAGCUACUCCCUCGGUGGAACUGGUGAGUCUCUGCACGUUAUUCUUCUCUGUAGCCCCAAGAAGCACUUGAGCAGCAGAUGUACACCUGUUUUUUGUAGAUAAAUGCUUGCAAAUUUAAGAAGACCGUUCUUCCCCUGAAUCAACUAAUGAAUAUCAAAAGGAAUGAUGACAUUCAUUUUAAUUUGUUUUGCAUCAGAGCUAUUCAGUCUGCUCCUUUCUUCAGCUAUCCUGUUAACCCCCGACUCCGGCGAGGUUAAUGAACUUUCUCGCAGUGAUGGGCUCCGGCUCAUUCAGGACUCCGGGUUCUUGCUGAGCUGGGAAUAUGUUGUUCAAAAGCGAGGCCUGAAUUGGGGCUCACUUAUCAAAAAUAGUUCCUCGCAGGGGAAGCUGCUGCUAAUGCUAAAUGGGGAUUAUGCUGCUGAGCUACCAGGGUCAGGGAUUAAUGCACAAGAACCGCAGGAACGGGGUGCUGUUAGGGAAUCACAGCGGCGGGCGGGACGCGGGCGCUUCCCUUCAAUGCAGACAAGCACAUUGCAGGCUGCCCUCCAGCACCUGGCCUGGAGCCUCUUUGGGGGCUGUAAUGGAUGUGUGCAUGUAUGUGGGGGGUGGGGGUGUGCAUGUGUACACACACAUCAGUGCUCAUCAUUCAUCAGCCCUCCUGAGAGGUGGCAAUGCAGUGCCAAAGCCCGGGCGGGCGUUUAUUCCUCCUGCCCUGUGGACAUUUAGGUUACUGUGUGGUCAGUGAGGUACAAAUCGCUGCCUGGCUGGUUCCGUUGAGUUUAAGUGAACCUCUUCUGAAAGGGAUCUUUUGCUCUGAAAAGCAGAUUUCUAGUGCUCUCAAGAUGUGUUUUUUCCAGCCUCCAGAAAGUGUCUCGUCGCUGUGUGCUGGACUCUCUAACAAAGAUUCCUUAAUCCAUUGUUGACACUCAUAGGGUGACACUGGCACUUUCUAAUCAUUCUCUUUUGGAUUGCUGAAUAGAUUAUUUCCAACCUGUACAAACGUUGCAGGACAUCUGCUCUAUUUCUCUUUAGCCCGACUUGUUAGCAGAUAUCUUCCAUCUAAACUGAAACAUUGAAGGAAGAAAUUAAAUUUGCUAGAAUAAAUCACUUAGGAAUAAAACCAGCCGUGCAGCAUUGUCUAGCGUUCCUGGCUCCGAUCCUGGCGCGCUCGGAGCUUUGUGAGGAGAUAAGAGGCCUGUGCGGGCCGGGCAGUGGUGGCCAGGAGCAGCAGGCAGAAGGCUUUGGAGAUAAGCGCUGGCAGGAGGGGAGGCGGUCGGGGCCAUUUACAUAAUCGCGCCUCUGCGUCCUGGAGAGGCGUCAGGGAACACGGGAUGGAUCUAUUGAUCUCUGCUGAACUGGAAUACUAAACAACGCUAGGAAAGCUUAUAACUUAAAGCUUUGAUUAAUGUUUCCUACAUUAAAAAGUAGAACAGCUGUGCAUUAAAUUCUUUUAUACACUCUGCCAAAAGUCUUAGACAAAAAAAUCGCCCGUUUCAAUAGGAGUGCAGCACGUGCCCAGGGUUGGUCGUUAGCAUUUGAAUCGUUUAUCUGCUGACAUAUCAGCAAAUAGAAAUGUAGAUAUAUUGAUCUAUUUUAAAUGUUUUGCUCUGUACAUAGCUGUGCCUCGUUCUCGUGGUUUUUAGAGCACGCAGUGAUCUGGUUGUGUACAAAUGUGGUCCGACAGGGCAGAUCCCUUGGCAGUGCUGCUCUUGGAAGGCUGGGAUAUGCUGGGAUAUGCCAAACCUGGUUAAAGUGUUUCCCAAUAGCUGAGGUUUACAGAACACUGUUAAAUCAUGAGUACCCUGGAUGUGGUUUUAUAAUUUCAUUAUUUUAAUUGCUUUUAAUUGUAAAACCUGCCCCAGUCAGGUCCCAGUUUUUGGACUUCUGAGCCUCAGAAUUAAUUUUUCACUCAUGAACUGGAGGCUGGCCAUGACUUCUGGUGUCAGAAUUGUCUGCUUCAGAGAAUCUCCUCAUGUUACCUACUGAUACACCUGCACAUGUAGUCAGUGAUGAGCAAGGACAGUGUGAGCCGUGGCCAUUGGGAUGUGUUUUCCAUCAGAUGCUCCCUGGCAGCUCGGGAGCUGUUCCCCAGCAUGCAGCCUGUGCCAUAGGCAGGCAGUCCUGCUCCAGGCAUAGACCCCCCUGUCUUACACCUGCAGGAAU